UCUGAGGCGCCGCUGUGGGCAGAUUACCUCAGCAGCAGCAGCAGCAGCAGGGAUUGUAACGCGGAUAAACAGAAGCCUUACUCGAGAAUUGUUCUUUUUUUAUUAUUAUUUUUGUUUCUACGAGGACUGAAAAUGGCGAGCGCGGAGUGAAGAAGAAAGUGCCAGCCAGCUGCGCCAUGCAGGGGAACAGAAGCCCCAGCCACCUUCCCCAAUUAACGACUCCGUCCAAUGGAUCAGCGCCUUACGCUAUGACUCGGGUUGUGCCUGUGAGAUCUCCGCCCCCUCUCAAAGCCCCUCCUCCACCACCAGCACGUCCAAAACCGUUGGCUCCGCCUCCAGCACGACCGCCUGGUGUUCGCCUCCCAGAGGUCCACGACCGGAGGCAAAUGAAAAACACAUGCAUCUGCACUGGAGUCUCCUUGGGCAUGUUCUUCCUCACACUCAUCCUCGUCCUCAGUCUGAGUCCCAGCCAAGUCUUCGAUGAGAACUGUCCUGACCACAACCUGACGCUGAGAAACUGGAACCCAGGACAAAACCCCAAAAAAGCUAUGAUGGUGCAUAAUGGACAAUGGCUCAAACUGACCGCAUCAGCCGUGCUCCACUCCCUCACCAUCCAAUCAGGAGGGAUGGUCGUGUUUGCUGACAAUGAGGACGGUUCAAACAACAUCACUCUACGGACAAAUUUCAUUUUAAUUGAAGAAGGAGGUGCCCUUCACAUCGGUGCCCCAAAGUGUCGCUAUCGUUCCCGUGCCACGAUCACGCUGGUGGGCCGCUCGGACGAUGCCUCCGUUUCUCCCGUGCCCGGUUUCGGACGCAAGUUUGUGGGCGUGCGUCCCGGUGGCACUCUGGAGCUUCACGGCAUAGAGCGGCCAUCCUGGACUCUACUGACACGCACUGUGCCUGCCACAGGCCUGGCAGCGGGCACCUACACCUUCCAGAAGAACUUCAGCCGGGGGAUCAACCUUCGUGUGGUGGACCAGGACACGGGCGCAUUGCUCAGCGCCGAGCGCUUCGACACGUACGACUCGCAGAACGACAGCAGGAAGCUGACCCAGAUGCUGCAGUCGUUGCCCCACGGACGCAUCGUCGCUCUCGCAGUGGGAGAUUCGGCUGCCAAGAACCUCCUGGACGAGACCAAGAGGACUAUCCAGGACCUUCUGGGCAGCAACUACGUUCAUGAGCUCAAAUACAGGCAGGCGUGGGCACUGGUAUCCGUGGUUGGUGGAGGAAACGGCUCCUGCUCGGAGAACGUACGUGAACACGAGAACCAUGACACGGGGGGGAAGGCGCUGGCUCGUCGUGAAUUCGUCACUGUGGACGGCGUGCGAUUCUUUGUGUCAGCCUACAGCGAAUGGUGGAACGGUUACCCCAUAUCGGGGUUCCAGGUGGACGUGGUGGACCAGGUGAUCCUGAACGUGCAGGACGAUGUGAGCAGCUGGAGGCCAGGAGACAGGAUCGUGGUUGCCAGUACUGAUUAUUCCAUGCACCAGGCCGAAGAGUUCACACUGCUGCCCUGCCCCCAUUGCACCAAAACACAGCUCCGGAUACAAGGGAAGCCUCAGUUCACUCACAUGGGCGAGAUCGUGGACGGUGUGGACAUGCGUGCUGAAGUAGCUCUGCUCUCCAAGAACAUCCUCAUCCAUGGAGAAAUGGAGAGCUCCUGCUACGGCAACAACUGGUGUCAGUACUACACCCAUGACACCUUCGGAGGACACAUCAAGAUCCUGAGAAAUUUCUCCUCAGUGCACCUGUCUCAGGUGGAGCUGAAGCACAUGGGACAGCAGGCAGAGGGGGACAACCACCCGGUCCACUUCCACAUGUGCGGCGACGUGGAUGAGGGCCGCGCCUACCUGGACUCGCUCUCCAUCCAUCACUCGUUCUCCCGCUGCGUCUCCAUCCACGCCACCAACGGCCUGCUGGUAAGGGACACGGUGGGAUACGACACGCUGGGUCACUGUUUCUUCCUGUCGGACGGAAUCGAGCAGAGGAACACGUUUUAUCACAACCUGGGGUUAGUGACGAGGCCGGGGACCAUCCUGCCCACCGAGCGCAACGACACCAUGUGCAUCCAAAUACGAGACCGAGUGCACGGUGGAUACACGCCAUCACCAGCCACCGAGUGCAAGGCCGUGUCGACGUUUUGGAUCGCCCACCCAAACAACAAUCUAAUUAGCAACGCAGCCGCUGGCUCACAGGAUGCAGGAAUUUGGUACAUCUUUCAUAGCUCCUCGACAGGAGACUCUCAUGGGCUCGUACCUGAGACCAAAGCUGAACUCACUCCGCUGGGGAUUUUCUACAACAACAGAGUUCAUUCCAACUUCAAGGCGGGUCUUUUUAUUGACAAGGGAGUGAAGACAAGCAACGCCAGCGCUACAGAUCCUCGCGAGUAUCUCUGCCUCGACAACGACGCCAGGUUUCGUCCCCAUGAGAACUCUGACCCGACCAGGCCACGUGUGGCUGCUCUCGUUGACACGCUGAUCUCCUUUAAGAACAAUGACCUCGGUGCCUGGAUCCGUGGCGGGGACAUCGUCAUAAAGAACUCUGGAUUUGCAGACAACGGCGUUGGACUGUCAUUUGCAAGUGAUGGCAGUUACCCUAACGAUGUGGGCUCCAGUCAGGAGGUGUCCGAGUCUCUGUUUGUGGGCGAGAGCAGGAACCGUGGCACCAACGGAGGACAAAAUAAAUACUGGGGUGUUGGAGGAGUGGAUGGAAAGCAGAGGACGCAGCCCCGAAACAAGACGUUCCCCAUCCGCGGGUUUCAGAUCUACGAUGGACCCGUGCGGCUGAUGAUGAGCACGUUCAAGUCAUAUGCACCGACUCCAGAGCGCUUCAGCAGUGCUGUGGGCUUCAGCCUCAAAAACUCCUGGCAGCUCACGCCGACGAACAACCUGUCCUCACUGUCCUUCCUGCCCUCUGUGACCUUGAGGGCGUUUUUCGGCCGUCCUGGUCAGUGGUUUGAGGACAACGACUUGGAUGGAGACAAAAACUCAAUCUUUCACGACUUGGACGGCUCAGUGAGUAGCUACCCCGACACGUACGUGGUGAGAGCGGACAACUUCCUGCUCCAACACCGUGACUGUGUGAAGGUGCCACAGUGGAACGGAGGGGUGUGUAGCGGCCGCUACGCUCAGGUGUAUAUAAAGACACAAGGUGUGCCCAACCUGAGUCUAUCUAUCAUCAAGGACGAGUAUCCUGAUAAGCCCUUGGUGUUGAGGGGCAUUAACAGCCAGUCAUCACAAUCGCAGCAGUACCAGCCUGUUCUGAUGCUGAGCAAGAGUUACACGCUGCACUGGAACGGUCAGGCACCGAAAGAAAUCAUCCUCUUACUCGCCAACUUUGACCCAGGCGAAUGGGUGCUGUUUGGCCUCUGCUACCCUGCAGACACGGUUUUUCAGGUGAUGUCCGACAUUUACGACCGUCAGAACAACGUGUUCGAUGGCAUGGAGGACUACGGCUCCGUCUCCUCUCUGGCUGAACUGGAAAAGCGCCAACAGGACAGGAAGUACUUUUUCGACCGGGACACUGGGUUGUUGUGGUUGUACGCUCAAGCACGGCAUCCCCGUAACGGCCACAGUUACUGUUCCAUCCGCGGCUGUGAGCGGGUGAAGAUCACCGCCACCACCAGCACCAAACAAACGUGUAACUGCACCGCUGCUGCCUACCCCAAAUACACCAAGGAGCCCAGAGCAUCAGUGCCCAUGCCUGCGCCCCUCACACAGCCCUGCAACAAAUGUGGCGCCUCAAAGCUGGUCUUCAGCAGUGACCCUUGGAACCGUUAUCUCCAAACACAGAUCAAAUCCCUCAGUGUCGCUGACGAGCAGAACAAUGACACACAAGCCUUCAUCACUGUAAACACCAAACAAUUCAGCCUCAAUAAAACUGGCUUCCUUAUCGUCACCGUAGACGCCUGCACUGGCAGAGUCAUCAAGAAUCUGUUUUUCCUGAAGCAGGACUCCAAAAUGGAGCAGUACUUCAGAACUGGGAUUCCGACAAGGUCGAUUGUCCUGCUGGCCUCAAGAGGACAACCUGAUGGAUUUGCUGGUGUUGCACAGUAUCUGGUCCCUCUGGGAGCAGCUAAAGUGGCAGACCUGCAGGAGAAAGGGAGUCUGUCGUUUUUUGGCUUCCAGGGAGCAUCGUCGCCUCCACCGUGGGUCUCCUUCCUGGUGAAUGAGGGUCAAGAGGUUGUGGAAAAAUGUAUCCCUCUCUCCCUAGACGAAUAUUCAUGCACUCCACACACACAGCCACCACAACGGAAAGAUCUAGAACUGCUGAGGAAAGCUCGAAGUUAAUGUGAACACGACCGGCAAAGACUGAAUGUGAAUUUAUGAACUUUAUUUAUUUAUGGCGAACAAAACACCUUUGGGGGGUAUUUUAUAGAGUACACUGGGUGUCUGUAUGUGUGAGAGAGAGCAUGUUUGUAUUUUGUCCCUGGUCUAUGGCACCGAGUGUUGCACUUUUUAGGAAAUUCAACCAACAGCAAAAAUGAGUUCACAUUUGAAUGCUGAAGGGAGGGAAAAGUAGAAGGAAAAAAAAAAAGUCAAACAAAACCCAAAAAAUAAACUCCUCCUUUAUACUGACGGAUAAUAUCCAUACAAGAUAUUUAAAAGUUAUUCCACGAAAUUGAGUCGUAUGAGAGCUGAUAGCCAAUGUACGACGAGAUUAAAACUUAUGCUGUUCAUUCGAUCCAUAUUCACUGGAUUUUGAGAAACUGAACUUUUUUUUUUUACAAAUUUGAUAAAUAUAAAAACUUUAUACAAAAACAUCCGACAAAAAUAAUUUCCGCUUAGAAUGUAAACAAAUCAGCGAAAUAACUAGCAAUUUAUGAAAAAUGCUAGAAUAAUUCUUGACCAAAAAAAAAAAAAGUUGUUCUAUAUUUUUUAUUUUUGGGGUUUUAUUUUGUCCUCAGUUGGUUCAGCAACACGCUCCGCCAUUUUAUUUUUCUCUACUCACAGUAUAUGAGCUAAUAUCCUAGUGGUAGAGUAGCCACUCAGAGCGCGCGACUGCUCAUAUCCAGUGAAGGUGGAUAGAAUAAAUUCAAAGUGUUUGUACCUGUAUAGUGUGUACAGUGUUUUUCUUUCAAAAAACAAAACAUCACUGGGUGCUGCAAUCUCGUACUCUGAGGUACAAAUCAGGGCUUUGAACCAGAAUUUUUUUCCUAUUGGUUCGUUCCGAACAGAAACGGAAUUUUAACGUUUCCGGUUUUGGGUUCCACCAUUAAAUAGACGUUCCCGAACCGGGUAGAACAAAAAAAUUUCGUUCCCGGAACGGUUAAUUACGUUCCCUGUCAGCUGUUUAACAAACGGCUAUAAAAUUAUGUCUCUGUCUCAUCCAGCUUAAGCCAAAUGUAGGCUAAUUCUAUUACAACCUUCAUUAAAUAAGACAAGAAAUAAUUCAAAACAAUUAUUAUUUCAAAUGUUGGCGAUUUGGAUUCUCAGUAUGUCUUCCCAUCUACACAAACAGAAAAAGUGCCAAAAAUGAAAGAUAAUUCGUUUAGUGUGUUACCAAAGGCUAGUCAGGCCCUAUAGAGGGCUACCGCAUGACGUCACCGCGCCGCGAGAUUUUGUUAGGCGCCAUAUUGGAAGACCAAGUACACAUCUAUGCAAGUACAUACAUACAUAAAACAAACUACACCUGAAAUGUAGCCAGGGCCGGUUCUGCCCUAAUCUGGACCCGGGUGCAACAUCGCGCAAACCCCCCCCCCAAAAAAAAAACAAAACACCAGUCUAAAUCAGGACAACCAUCACAUAACUAUAACAUUUUAUCUUAACUAUUUUAACUAAAUGGGCUAUAAUAAAUAAGCCUGCAGGCAGCCACGGCGGGCUGCCUCAGAAAAGUAACCAUUUGUCCUACCUUAAAACUCGUUUUGCAUUUUCUGCCUCCUUUUUUGUAUUUUCGACCCUCCGUUUAUUUUCUUUCCUUUUCUGAAAACCCGAUUUGUGUCCAGACAUUUUGUUCUGCUACCAACGAACUAACUCGUCAGGUCUCGUCUCUCGAGCCCGCGAUGAUUCCCGUGGGAAGGGCAACAACUGAUACAUUUUUACAAACAGCCAAUAGGGAGGUUGCAACGUUCAGGCUCUUCUUUGCUCAGACACUCAGUAAUGCACUUAUUAUCACAUGGAGACGUGAUAGCAGUCCACCUUCCCGCGCUCUCCAUUCAGUCAGCGACCAUCACACAGGAAGUGAACCCCAGCGGGUCAUAGAAACUUGCGCAGGAGAAGAAUGGCUUUUUUAUUUGUAGGCUACAGAAACUUUGAGGAACGAAAUAAAAACCGGUAUUAACCGGUUACCAUUAUUUUUAAUAAGCGUUUCUGUUCCGGAACAUAAAGUUUCUGGUUUCGUUUCUGUUCCAUGUGAAAUAGAAAAAGUUCCCGGUUUUCGUUUUCGUUCCUUGAACCGGUUCAAAGCCCUGGUACAAAUAUCUCACACUGAGCGAAUCAGAGAUUGUGACGCAUCUUACUCGCCUCGGUUUAGUGGACGCAUCGCUUCUAAAUUGUUGUAAACAACCCUGAAGAUGUCUGAACGUCACAAAGGGAAAUCGUGGUUUGUUUUUUGUGCCAUUUCCAAUCCUACAAAAGGAUAUUACUUUGAAGGAGCAAGUGGCAAAAUGGCUGCAUUUCAUUGGCACUGGUCACACUGUGGACAAAUUUCAUUUUGGCAGGAACAAGGUGGUUUAUAAAGACCACUUCAUGGCGGAAUACUUCCCAUGGGAAAAGAAAGGCAAUAAGGUGAGCGAUAAUUCAAACUCGUCCAUAACCGUCAGCAGCUGGCAAUUUUUAAAAAUAUAAUUUAUUAAUCCCCAAGCGUAAAUUAGGCUCCGUUUUAACCCAUCUGAAGCAGUGGACCGCUGAUUUACCGUCUAUAAAUGCUCUUGCGCCGGAUACUCAGUCUCUUAAAAAGUAACUUUUCCCUUUUUUUUUGUGUGACAUGCUUUAGUUUGUUUUUAAUUCACUGAGAAAAGCAAUCUUUUUGAAAAACAAGAAUCACGUUUGUGUUACGAUAAUGGCCGUUUAUUUACUAGCGUUGGUCAGUACCAAUGCGUUAUCUACCCGAGUUAGUUACAUUUUAAAAAAAAGUGAAGUCUGUUGAUUUGUGUAUUUUGUUGCCACUAAAAAAAAUAAAAAAAACAAAAACCAUGUCGCACACGGAUAUCCGAUUUCAACGCGAAUGGCCGCACCCAAGGAAGCCUAUUCUGAGCAAUAUCAAAACUUUUUUUUAAAAUGGAUAAACUGCUAGUUUUAUUUUUAAUUAAACUAUACAGGGGCCAUACGAGGGCACUUAGCAUGAUCAGUAAACGAUGUUUUUAUCUUUUGGGUUUUGUUUGGCUUUAAGGUCCAUUUCAGUUGAAUUGAGCCUUAAACCUGUUUUAGAAAAUGGUUUAAACACUUGAAGAUGGAAAAGGUUUUUACCAGGCAUUCCAAUGGUCGUCAUUUUCUAGUAUUUAAAGCGCGUAUUCCCAUUACGGAGUGCGAGCGCGCCUUGAUUUUCACUCUGUGAAAUGGCUACUGCCUGGUUUCCAUACACGAGAUUGAAGUGAUCGAGGAAUGUAUUAAAGAAUAGUUGGCAGUGUUAUUUGCAACAUGCAGCUAUAGAUUGUAUUUAAUUAGUGCAGCGAUCACUAGCACUGUUCCCGCAAGUCCAAGCUGACGUACGCCAGAUUUUAAUAAUAAUUAUUCCAAAACACGCUGAAUUACAGCGGUAUCGAGUUGUCCGAUAUAACAGUGACUCCCACGCUGACUGCUGAUGAUGUGAUGCUCAAAAGUUCAUCUCAUCACUGGAGGCAGUGCCACUGUGUCUUAUAUCCCCAUGAUGAUAUUUUAAUUAAAGAUGCCAGUCCGUAGUGUCGAGUUAUGAGCUGCUGAAUCUUUAUCAAAUCAUUGGCAUGAGAGCUACGUUCUGAGAACAGGAGCCGGCUGUGUCCGAUUCGGAAACGUAUAUGAACAUGGCUCUCUUCCAACGGUGCUGGUGACUCGUUUAGCACAGCGUUGAAUUGUAUAGAGCUGUCUUACUAAAAGGCUAAUUUAAUUAGGUAGCAGGCUGUUACUAAAUACACAACAAAUAAGGCAAACGUAAUGCUCACUUGUGAUGAGUGACAGUAUUUGUUCAAAUGGAUUUGAACAACUCAUCCUCUGGCAAACACUAGUCUUGAACCUCUAUCUGCACACAAACCCAUCCUCCUACAGGAAUGACUUGUAUCUCUACUUGACGGUUCUUCAGCCAUCUUUUAACUUUUUUCUACAUUUAUUUAUUAGUUUCUUGUCCAACAGUACUGUUAAAAGGAUUGCUGCUCAAAAUACUUUCACGCCUCGUUUCAUAGUAGGCAUGUACUGAUGUAUUAAAAUUCAUCUCCUGAUCAGUGCCAAAGGUUUUCAUUUCAAAUUAUAUAUAAUUCUCAUCUAGUAUAAAGGGGACUUGCUGAUUUUACAUUUGUGCCAAGUUGAGGACUUUAUGUCAAGAGCCAAAAAGAAGCUAUUCUAAUAACCGUCUCCAUAGGAUAUGUAAAAAAUAAAAUGGUGGUGUUUUAUUCCUCUGAAACCACAGCGAUUUGCCAAGGUUGAGUGGCUGCGCAACAAGUUAGUUCCUGUUAUCACUUGCAUUAUACCAGAUACAAACAGCGGUUUCCUCGCCAACCUCUCUCAACUGAAGUUGUCACACACACACCUUGUCGUGUUACUGAGAAAGUGCAAACAUUCGCUACGUUCACACUGCAAGGCUUAAUGCUCAAUUCUGAUUUUUUUGUGAAAUCCGAUUUUUUUGUGAGGUCGUUCACAUUAACAAAUGCAUGCGACUUGUAUGUGAUCCUCAGUAUGAACGAAAAGCGACCUAAAAGUGUUCCGCAUGCGCACUGCAGGAUACGACGACGUCACACGCAGUGAGCAUGGCCAGUGUUUACGGAAGUAAAACCGCCCGGUUGCGGUAUGACCCAUCCAAUCUAGCUUGAAUAGCUGCAUCCCCCCAAAUGGAAAUCAGCUCCCUAACCUCUGCGUCCUUCCAUUGAGAAGAUUCAGAACCUUCACAGCCCGAAGCGUCCCUCGCAUUGAUGUCAUGCGCAGGGGCGCAGAUACGUUUUUUGAACUGGGGGGGACAAAGCUGCCAGCAAACCAACCCCAACCCCGAUAUGCCUGUCAAACUUCUUGUGGGUUACCAUAGCAACCAAGCUCGAGCUCGCAACCUGUGCAGUCUGCGCAGCUCAACCAACCGAAUAUCAGUCUUUGUUUUGUUUUAUGUGAGUUGUUGCGACUAUGUAUGCACUGCCGUGCACCUCAAUAAACCGAAUGGUAAUUAGUCUUUUGAUUUUUCCGUGAGGUUUGCCUUAUGCAAAGAAAGACAGCAUAGACGUUUUUUCCUCCCUAUAAGUGGGGGGGACCGAACGAGGUGAAUUGAAAUCUGGGUGGGACGAAUCCCCCCCGUCCCCCCCUCUAUCUGCGCCAUGAUGUUGUAACUUUUUUUGAGAGACCCGGCGCCUACUUCAGCGCAGAAUAGUGACGUUUGUGGCUUGUUGAUGACGUGUAAGUCGGAUGAAUGCGACCUGGCGGUUCAGACUGAAGUCGCAUAUGAAAAGAUCGGAUAGGAAUCGGAAUUAGCACCACAUAUCCAAACGGCCCGGGUCGGAUUUGAAAAAAUCGGAUCUGUGUCGUUCAUAUUGUCAAUAAAAGAUCGGAUACAGGUCACAUAUGGGCGAAAAGAUCGGAUUUGAGUCACUUCAGCCUGCAGUGUGAACGUAGCCUUAGUCACAGCUUUACCUCCGUGCUGGCACUGGAGACUGUUUCACUCUUAAAUAAACAUCUUCAUACAGGAAACCUUACCCUAGCCAAAAACAAACACAAACACAAGUGCCUACUUUGUUCAGUGUCUUAACACCUUCUGACCAAUCAGGUGUGAGGAUUCAACAGCAGUGGUGUACAACACUGUAUUGUGUAACUGAUUUUCAGAGCAUUUUCAAUAUUUUUCACUCUGCUGGAACGUGACUUCUAGGACUUUGUCCAACCCAGAUUUUCACAUCGUGCCUACAAUAAACAUACCGUUACAGUGCCGAAGAACAGAACAGAACAGCACAUCACUCUUCUGUUUUCAGUGUUCCUUUUAUAAUAAGUUAAAUGCCAAAUUGUCUGUUUAAGGGAAACUGCCUGUUUGUUAACCACUGUAUUGUUGAUCUGAUUGUAUUUUCGAAGUUGUUAUAAUAAGGUGUUGGUGUUUUUCAGUGGUUUAAAGAAGCCUGCAACAUGUUUGAUUUUUUUAAGCAUAUUUUAUACGUUUAAUUGCCAAGUUUGUUUUCUAUAAUAUUGCUUUUGUGCUGAAUUUUUUGAUAAAACAUUUAUACAGGUGUCAUUUUUGUGAAUGUUGUAUUACACUGUUUAUCGCACAAUGUAUCUGACUUUCCUUAAAUACAGACAGAAAAAAAACCCUAUUCAUUAGAUCCAGUAGUAAAUAAAUACAUUGCGUUUUGUAUGUC